CUGACAGAUUAAUAUGCUGUUUUAUCCAGAGAGAAGAUAUGGCUGGUUUUUGCUAUGAUGUAUUUGUUUCAAGGAAUUACUUGCUCAGAAGAAUUCAAAAGAAUGAGGAGAGCUGUGGAUCCGGAAGCACUGAUGAAUAUUAAUGAGAUCAUUACAUACAAAGGGUACCCCAGUGAGGAAUACAAAGUGAUGACUGAAGAUGGCUAUAUCAUUACCAUUAACAGAAUCCCGUAUGGUAUACAGAAUCAGAGAAAUCCAGUUAUGAAACCUGCUGUAUUUCUCCAACACGGGCUAUUGGGAGAUGCCAGUAACUGGAUCUCAAACCUGCCCAACAACAGCUUGGCCUUCAUGCUAGCUGAUGCUGGCUUUGAUGUUUGGAUGGGAAAUAGCAGAGGGAAUCGCUGGUCCAGAGAACAUCAAAAUUACUCCACUGAUCAAGAUGAGUUCUGGGCUUUCAGUUUUGAUGAGAUGGCAAAGUUUGAUCUUCCAGCAGCGAUAAAUUUUAUUGUGAAGAAAACUGGACAGGAAAAGUUGUACUAUAUUGGCUAUUCACAAGGCACCACCAUCGCUUUCAUUGCUUUUUCAACAAUGCCAGAACUGGCUCAGAAAAUCAAACUUUAUUUUGCAUUGGCACCUGUCACUACUAUUAAGUAUGCCAGAAGCGCAGCAGUAAAGCUCCUCUACCUUCCUGAAAAAAUGCUCAGGGGUUUGCUUGGCAAAAGAGAAUUCCUUCCCCAGGCUGAAUGUCUAAGAAGGCUGAUAGUCCCUGUCUGCAGCCACCUUCCUUUCGCUAGGCUUUGUAGAAAUAUCUUCUUCAGCCUUGGUGGCUAUAACAUGAAAAACAUCGACAUGAACCGGAUCAAUGUGUAUAUUGCACAAACCCCUGCUGGAACAUCUGUGCAAAAUAUAGUCCACUGGAGCCAGGAAGCCCAUUUGGGGAAGUUCCAAGCUUAUGACUGGGGCAGUUCAAAGAAGAACAUCGAGAACCAGCAGGCUACUCCUCCUCUCUACAAUGUAGAAGAAAUGACUGUACCCACUGCAGUAUGGACUGGGGGUCGAGACUUGCUUGCAGAUCCCAAGGACGCUGCCAUUUUACUGUCUCAUAUUAAGAGGCUUAUCUAUCACAAGAAGAUUCCUGAAUGGGCACAUCUGGAUUUCAUCUGGGGAUUGGAUGCACCUUUGUGUAUGUACAACGAAAUUAUUGAUCUGAUGCAGAAAUAUCCUUAACUCACAAGCAGUAGCCAUACCUGGCUCAUUCCCCAGUGCCUUUGCUGGGUACAGAGAAAGCAUUCUUUUGCAUCAUAUAGCUUCUGCUGGAGUCAGAGAGAGGAUUUCUCCUGGCUAAUGCUAUUUUCACACUAUGUGUCACUACAGUGCCUUUUGGAUCUUGAUGGUGCACUUCAUACUUUGUGGCAACCUUGUGAUCAGUAAUCACUUUUUAGUUGAUAAAGCCUAGAUUCUGCAAUACAUUGUACUUUCCUAACAGGAACCAGGGCUUUCUUGCAGCCUGAUGUCUUCUUUAGACUUUAACAGUAAUGAAAGCACUGAGUUUCUCUGGAUGUGGUCAAUUAUGUCAAAAAGUUUUCCAUUGAUCACAUAAUUUCUCAGUUUAUUGGACUGGAAGUUCCUGAAAAGCUAGUGUAAACUGAGACUAACUCUAGCAGCCGUGGCAU